CCACAGGCUGGAGACCCAUGUAUUGGAUACACCAAUGCCUUUCUUCUACAACCAGCUACUGUAAGCCAGUUAUAAAAAAAUUAAGAUCGAUGGGAGUACUGUAAAGGGGAGACAAGCUCUGAGGUAAGAUAGUUGAUCCCUGGUGGAGUUGAGCUGUCAGUAUCAGUCCAGUGUGUGUGAGAAACAGACAAUACUCCCGUGCCAUCAUGGUCUCCCAGGCCACCUACACCACCCAGCUCUGCCUGCUGCUGGGCCUGGCAGCUGCUAGUCAGCACACCAAGACAGUGUUCCUGGACAAGCAGAAGGCCAGCUCUGUCAUCUCCAGGCCGAAGCGUGCCACCGGGGAGACCCUCCCCCCCAGCAUGGAGCGCGAGUGUCUGCAGAAGGUGUGCAACUACGAGGAAGCCCGCGAGAUCUUCCAGGACUCCUAUCGCACAGAUAUCUUCUGGGCAGUUUAUAUAGAUGGGGACCAAUGUGCUCCUAAGCCCUGUAAGAAUGGGGCCAUGUGCUCUGACAGCGUGGGGGGCUACGACUGCGUCUGCAAGAGUGGCUUCUCUGGGACCCACUGCGAGAAAGAUAUGACUGUGUGUGUGCUGGAUAAGACCAAGGGCUGCAGCCAGUUCUGUAAACCUGGCUACGUGUCCUAUGAGUGCUCCUGUGCCCGGGGCUGGAAGCUGGACGACAAGAACAAGGAUAAGUGUCUUCCUGCAGUGUCAUUCCCCUGUGGUAAGGUUAGUCUGAGCCAUUGGGAGAGCAGGCAAGCAGCCAACAUCCGCAGAAACUAUGAGGGAUUCAGCUGCAGUUCUGGGGAGUGUGCCUGGCAGGCCAUCUUGAAGAGUGCAGAGUCCAGUGGGUUCUGUAGUGGGGUGAUCCUGAAGGAGAACCUGGUUCUGACCACUGCCCAUUGUGCCAGCAAGUACAACUCCUUCCAGGUGGCAGUGGGCAAGCAUGGGGCGGCCUACGAAGACGGCGAGCAGACCCUAUACGUGAAGGUCACCCACAUCCACCCUCGCUACAUCGAAGGUCGCCCCGACAACGACCUGGCCGUGGUGGAGCUCCGCGACCGCAUUGUCUUCAAGAAGACCGUGGUCGCCGCCUGUCUGCCCGAGCGCGACUUCGCCGACAGCGUCCUGAUGAGCGGCACGCUGCCUGCCGUGGUCACCGGCUGGCAGGAGCCCAAGGAGAGCCAGGAGUUCCAGGGUCCGCUCACCGUCAACCAGCUGGCUUACGAGCCCCUGCCGGCGUGCGUGGAGAGGCAUGGGGAGCUGGUCACCAACAAGAUGGGCUGCACCGCCCCCAGGGUCCAGGCAGACUGCAAGAUGGGGUCUGGCAGCGCCCUGCUCACCCUCCACAGGGAGGUGUUCUUCCUGACCGGGGUGGUCAGCCGGCCACCAGGGGGCCACUGCGCUGAGGGCUACCUUUACCAGAGGGUGUCCCGUUACCUGCCCUGGCUGCAGUCCCUCAUGGACUCACGCUGAGGAGAGAGUUAAAGAGGUGUGCUCUGGUGAGGGUGGCAGGGUGGAGGGAGGUGGAGAGGUGUUUUAAUGGGGGGAUUACUGAUACCGGGGAACGGACGAGGAACUGUGAGAGAAGAAGAGAUCGAGGUGCAUGGGGAGGGAGGGAUUGACGUAGAAUUUGACAUCACAUUGUUGAAAUGAUGGAGAUAGUUUAUGAUUAAUGGUUUAUCUGAUUUAAAAUGAAACUCUCAUCCAUAUUUUUUGUAUAUUCUAUAUAACUGGAAACCAUAUGUUAAGCUGUUGACUGAUUAUUAUUAAUACUACAAACCGGCAGAAGAUAUUAAGCCCAAAGUGUAAAGAUCUGGAUAUUGGGGGCUGAGGAAUGCGGGAAAAGAUUGCUUGUAGAUAUGCUUCCACUUUUACAAGCCAGAGGCCCCCAGCUAUAAAUCAAGUUGCACGUUUAAGACCCUGCGCCCACACACUUGUCUACAGCUGUAGAAUUCAGGGCCAGUACCACUAGCCGUAAAUUGGGAGAAUUGUCGUUUUAUUAAAAAAGAAAACGCCUGUAAUCUGAAAACCCAGGACAAGGGACCAAUAAUGAGAGGGUGCAUAAUGUUUCUGUGACCAACUGUACUGUACCAAUAGCAAAAUUGACACAAAUAAUAGGAAGAAAAUUGUCUAUAUAAAAUAGAAUUUUUCUUCACUUCGAGACUUGGAAUUAUUUCACUAUACAAGGGAACUUACAAAAUGAUUUACUACAGGAUGUCACAGGGCUAUAUCAUGCAUUGUUUGUGUACUUUCAGGUCUGUUUAGUUGUUGUUUUUUUUCUUAUUGAAUACUGUCUAAAUCGUUGUAUGUUAUUUCGAAUUAACAUACGGCUGAAGGUUUAUCUUAUUAACUGUAGGCAAGACUGCCAUUUAUAACAUGUUGGAAAACAGUAUUUUUUGUUGUAGUUCUCUACUUGUCCAGAAGGUGGCUCCCUCUCACCAACAGAUUAUUCAUAUGAGCAGCGUUGUACCCUUCUAGGCUCCUGCCAAAUAUAGCACUUGGUAGACUGCAGCUAGGAACAGUAAAUUAUGCAGUGUGCAUUUAUGUUGCUGUUGUACCUAAACUGUGUUGUUCUUCACAGGACACGGCAGUGGUGGGGCCACAAAACUGUUUUAUCAUUCCUGUUCUUCGCCCUUCUGAGAAUGUCCUAAUAAAAUGUAACACCAUG